UCUUCCCCGGCCAACACCGCGAGUUUCGUUUGGAUGUUCGCGUUUGUCUGCUAGCAUCACCAGCCAUCGCAUGUUUAGGAUUUAGGAGUGAACUUGUUCCGUAUAUAAAUAAUUAUUUGAGUGAUCCACUCUUCUAACUGCAGGUGCACAAUGGUCUCAUUAAAGCGAGAAAACAUUGAACUUGAGGACGACGACGACGAGAAAGAAGGGGUGGUUGCCAAGGUGGGACGAGGACGGGCCGCGGAGGACCGGAGGAGCCGCCACUGCCCUUACCUGGACACAAUCAACAGGAGCGUUCUGGACUUCGAUUUUGAGAAGUUAUGUUCGAUAUCGCUCUCCCACAUUAACGUGUAUGCCUGUCUCAUAUGUGGAAAGUACUUUCAAGGCAGAGGUCUCAAGUCGCAUGCUUACACCCACAGUGUCCAGUUCACCCACCAUGUGUUCCUCAACCUGCAUACCCUGAAGUUCUACUGCCUACCAGACAACUACGAGAUCAUCGACUCUUCCCUGGAGGACGUUACAUAUGUGUUGAAGCCCACCUUCACCAGGCCUCACAUCUCGGGGCUGGAUAAGCAGGGCAAGCUGUACCGGGCGUAUGACGGAACCACCUACCUCCCUGGCAUCGUGGGGCUCAACAACAUCAAAGCCAACGACUACGCCAACGUGGUGUUGCAGGCACUGUCCAACGUUCCCCCUCUGCGGAACUACUUCCUGGAGGAGGAGAACUACCGGGGCAUCCGACGGCCCCCCGGGGACAUCAUGUUCCUCCUGGUGCAGCGCUUCGGCGAGCUGAUGAGGAAGCUGUGGAACCCCCGGAACUUCAAGGCCCAUGUGUCGCCUCACGAGAUGCUGCAGGCCGUGGUGUUGUGCAGCAAGAAGACCUUCCAGAUCACCAAGCAAGGCGAUUCGGUGGACUUCCUGUCCUGGUUCCUGAAUGCCCUCCAUAACGCUCUCGGAGGCACAAAGAAGAAACCAUCAAGCAUCACAAAUGUGUUUCAAGGCUCCAUGCGGAUCUUCUCCAAAAAGCUUCCACAUCCAGAUUUAACACCAGAGGAAAAGGAGGAAUUGCUGCUGACAGAAGAGUACCAGGAGAAGAUAUCGGAGUCCACCUUCCUGUAUUUGACCCUUGACCUCCCAACGGCACCGCUGUACAAGGAUGAGAAGGAGCAGCUGAUCAUUCCUCAGGUGCCCCUCUUCAACAUCCUGGGCAAGUUCAACGGCAGCACAGAGAAGGAGUACAAAACAUACAAAGAGAAUUUCCUCAAGAAAUUCCAGCUGACCAAACUGCCCCCCUACCUGAUAUUCUGCAUCAAGCGCUUCACCAAGAACAACUUCUUUGUGGAGAAAAACCCCACCAUUGUCAACUUCCCCAUCACUAACGUGGACCUCCGAGAGUACCUGACGGAGGAAAGCCAGGUCACAGAAAAGCACACGACCUACGACCUUGUAGCCAACGUGGUGCAUGAUGGGAAGCCCACCGAGGGAGCCUACAGAACACACGUACUGCACCACGGCACGGGGAAGUGGUACGAGAUGCAGGACCUGCAAGUGACGGACAUCCUGCCCCAGAUGAUCACCCUGUCUGAGGCCUACAUCCAGAUCUGGAAACGCAGGGAGGAUGAUGACACACCGAUCCACACCGGAGCGUAGUGUCCUGGUGGCCCCAGUGACCGAGCCCAGUAAGACCCUCUUGUCCCUCUGAACCCUAAAGAGCUCUGCAGAGAAAGACAAGUCUGAGGUCUGACUCUCGUUCCAGACAUUAAGGACUGAGGAAAAAUAUUUUCUUUUAUUACAACUUUUUUAAGUGUUUAUUUGUGAACUCUCUCUUGAAAUAAACAUGUAUUUCAAAUUUCCCUGAUCGGUAUUUUAAUCUCACAGUAGUACAGCUGCUUAAGAGCUCAACGAAGCAGAUUCAGCCAAUCAAACAGAGGAGGAAGCGAUGAAGACAAAACGGAAGCCAGUGUUUUAUUACUUUAUACAGUAUCAAUAAAACAUUGGCAAGACAAACAUAUCUUUCAUAAAACAGCAUUCCAGUGUAUCCUUCAUACAGUAAUAUUAAUUGAAGCAGAAUAUAAGGCAUGUGCAACGCAAAGAAGGAGCAUUCAACAUAAUCGUGAUCUUUUAUAGGAGUUAAGGUGAUUAUGGUCAUAGUUCUACAGCGAGUACAUCGCUGUACAAAUGCACUCGUGUGUUCUUUGUGGAAAUGUUGUAUUUUUUAUAUGUUGCAUUAAAAGGUAUUUUGGAGUGGGGGAACAUGCAGUUGAACCGAAGUCCUCUAGCCCUGAAUCUGGCAGUAGAUGCUCCAAGUUAAUUUACUGCAGGCUAGUGUAUGUUACAGGGAUCCAGUAUUGUACUACAAAAUAAUGAAGCUAAAUGCUUGUGGAGGCAUUUGAUGUCAUCCAGAUUUAGUCUGUAUUUCUUUAUGCUUUCCAAGAGCGGGGCUCUCACCAUUACACAUGCAAGGUUUAUAAGUAAAUCGCAAGCGAGAACAAUCAAUGGAGCAAAUAUAGAAAGGGAUUGUCAGCAGAAAACGCUCCGAGAUGCAGGGAUGUUUCAUCUCCACAGGUGUUUCUUGCAGUAGGCUAGAUUCUACAGAAAGAUGGAGGGAAAAUAAUUUUGUGAAACAGUUCUCAAACGGUCUGUUAUCCUGCAAGAGAAAUCUCUAACUAGAACUGCAAGCAGUUAUGCAGGGGUCCAAGAAGUGUGCAUUUCGCCGGCACAACGCGACAAGAAAUGUGCAUUUCGCCGGCACAACGCGAAGCAUGUGUUCAAAACGCUACCCUGAACCUGUGGAUACAAAG